CCAAAAAAGAGGCCAUUAAUUAUGGCUGAUUAUUGACAAUUGCUUCUUCCGUUUCUCUAGCCCCUCAGCUUCCUCCUUAAAUAGCUAUCCACCCUCUGCCUUCUUCUCACACCCAAAUCCUCUGUUUCUUCAGUCUUCCACACAGUCAUGGCUUUCAUGUCUGUGCUCUGCAUUGUUUCCCUCAUUGCAUUCUCAACAGUUUUCGUUGACGCAUAUGUUCCCGGUGUUUACUCCGGCGGACAAUGGAAGAAGGCCCAUGCUACCUUCUAUGGCGGCGGUGAUGCCGCCGGAACCAUGGAAGGGGCAUGUGGGUACGGAAAUCUGUACAGCGACGGCUACGGCAUCAACACUGCGGCGCUGAGCACUGCCCUCUUCAACAACGGUUUGACCUGUGGGGCUUGUUUUGAAAUUAAGUGUGUAAACACCAAAUGGUGUCACUCCGGUCGUCCCUCGAUCUUUGUCACCGCCACCAAUUUUUGCCCCCCAAAUUGGGCUCUGGCCAAUGACAAUGGCGGCUGGUGCAACCCUCCUCGCACUCAUUUCGAUCUCUCUCAGCCCAUCUUUCUCAAGAUCGCCGAGUACCGCGCCGGCAUUGUCCCUGUUGCAUAUCGCCGGGUGCCAUGCCGGAAGCGAGGAGGCAUCAGGUUCAAGAUCAAUGGCAACCCCCACUUCAACUUGGUUCUGAUCACCAACGUCGCCGGUGCUGGAGACGUUGUAGGGGUGAGCAUCAAAGGGUCCAAAACUGGAUGGAUGCCAAUGACCCGUAACUGGGGGCAGAACUGGCAGUCAGGCACCGUCUUGGUCGGACAGUCGCUCUCCUUCAGUGUCAAAACCAGUGACGGUCGCCACACUACUUCUUGGAACGUUGUCCCUUCCAAUUGGCAGUUUGGUCAAUCUUUCACCGGAAAAAACUUCAGAGUCUGAUCAUGGGUUGGUCAAAGAACGUUUGAUUAUUAUUUAAAUUUCAUAUUUAUUUUUGUUUAUGGGAUAAGAAAGGUAUAGUAUUGAAGAUGUCAUUCGCUCAGAGGUCAUUUAUUUUUGUUAUGAAUCAAAGUUCUUUUAUCUGCUGUGUACAUUUUCAACACCUCAACUUAUUUGCAUUCAUGUCCCAUUUAACAUUCCAAAAACCAGGCCCGUCUUGUAUGAAAAUUUUCUGAUGAAAUUUCAUAUCCUGUUUGCAUAAAUUCAGGGUUCAGGGUUUAAGGCUAAUACUCUGAAAAAUGAGUACGUCCUAAAGUCUUAUUCCAGAAUCAUUGUGCUCCGCUCAUACAUGAACAUCAAUCACUAACAAUGGGAAAAGACAGAUAAACCCCAUAACAUUUUAACAUGCAAAAAAAAUUAAAAAAUCACAAAAAAUUUCUGUACCCAAAAAAAAAAAAAAAUCAGUGAAAUUUAAGAAAUGUGAGAUGGAACCAGUAGACAAAACGGGACAAAUAACCCGUCGUCUGUGGAUGCCCAUCUCUACGGUUGUCUGGCCGCUGCCCAAUCCACACCGAAUCAACGGUGUAAAUCAGGCGUUCAAUGUAAGCACUGUUAGUUCAAACGAGAAAGCGAAUCGAAAAUCGCUUCCUCUAAAAACCCAACAAGUGCAUAAAACCAAAAUCAAAUCUAACCAACAAAAGGGGGCUCAUAUCAAGUGUAUAGAAUAGAAAGACCUCUCAUUGUGGGCCCAAAAACCCUAACUCGAAUUGAAAGAAAAAGAAGACAAAGAUUCUCCCCAGGCGCCGAGAGCCAGCCUUGAAGAAAGGGGCGGCGAAUCUUCUGGGGGUUUCUUUGCCGUCUUUCUUCUUCCAGUCGAAUUAGGGUUUUCCAAAAUCAUGGAGCAGUCCCACUCAAGCCUCUCUCUUUAUAAUCACAGCCCCAAUUUUACAGAUGGGAGAAUGCUCUAGGUAGGCGGAGG